AUGGCCAAGUUUUCUUCCCUUGACAUUCUGCUGAAAGGCAGCUCCGGCGAAAGCACACGCGGUCUCCUGCGAAUCGUCAUCCUUUUAACUAUUGCGGCUGCCGCUGUCGCCAGCCGACUGUUCAGUGUUAUCCUCGAUCCCUGGUUCAAUUUCCGGGCCACCAAGUACUUGGUUGAGAAUGGUUUCUACAGUUUCUGGGAUUGGUUUGAUGACCGAACAUGGCAUCCCCUGGGUCGUGUCACUGGUGGCACCCUGUACCCCGGUCUCAUGGUGACCAGCGGUGUGAUCUACCACAUCUUGCGCUUCUUGACAAUCCCGGUCGAUAUCCGAAACAUCUGUGUUCUGCUCGCCCCCGGCUUCUCUGGCUUGACAGCCCUGGCCAUGUACCUCUUGACUUGCGAGAUGUCGACCUCGCCCUCGGCCGGUCUCCUGGCUGCGGCGUUCAUGGGAAUUACCCCGGGUUACAUUUCCCGUUCCGUGGCUGGCAGCUACGAUAACGAGGCCAUUGCCAUCUUCCUGCUUGUCUUCACGUUCUACUUGUGGAUCAAGGCUGUCAAGAAUGGAUCAAUUAUGUGGGGAGCUCUGACUGCCUUGUUCUACGGAUACAUGGUGUCUGCCUGGGGUGGUUAUGUCUUCAUCACUAACCUCAUUCCCCUGCACGUUUUCGUUCUGCUUUGCAUGGGCCGCUACAGCUCUCGCACCUACAUCGCCUACACCACCUGGUAUGCAUUGGGAACGCUGGGCAGCAUGCAGAUUCCAUUCGUGGGAUUCUUGCCCAUCCGUAACAGUGACCACAUGUCCGCUUUGGGUGUCUUUGGUCUGAUCCAGCUCGUGGCAUUUGCGGACUUUAUCCGUGGAUUCCUUCCUGGCAAGCAGUUCCAGAAGCUGCUCACUUCCAUGGUUCUGCUUGUCUUCGGUCUUGGCUUCGGUGGACUUGUUCUGCUCAGCGCUUCCGGUGUCAUCGCCCCGUGGAGUGGUCGCUUCUACUCUCUGUGGGAUACUGGCUACGCCAAAAUCCACAUUCCCAUCAUUGCAUCCGUUUCUGAGCAUCAGCCUACCGCCUGGCCUGCUUUCUUCUUUGACUUGAACUUCUUGAUCUGGCUCUUCCCCGCUGGUGUGUUCUUGUGCUUCCAGAAGCUCAAGGACGAGCAUGUGUUCGUCAUCAUCUAUGCCGUGCUCUCAAGCUACUUCGCCGGUGUCAUGGUCCGUUUGAUGUUGACUCUCACUCCGAUUGUCUGUGUCGCCGCGGCCCUUGCUCUGUCAGGUGUGCUUGAUCAGUUCCUGGUCAUGUCGAAGCCCACUGCUGAGUCUAAGGCCAAGGCUAAUACCAAGGAUGCCAAGGCGUACGGCAAGAUGAGCUCUCCUAUCGUUGGAGUCUACUCGUACUUCUCCAAGGCCUUCAUCUCUGGUUCAAUGACUCUGUACCUCCUUCUGUUCGUUGCGCACUGCACAUGGGUCACCUCGAACGCCUACUCGUCUCCUUCAGUUGUCCUGGCCAGUCGCAUGCCCGAUGGAAGCCAGCACAUCAUCGAUGAUUACCGCGAGGCAUACUACUGGCUCCGUCAGAACACCGCUGACAACGCCAAGAUUAUGUCCUGGUGGGAUUAUGGUUACCAGAUUGGUGGUAUGGCUGAUCGCCCCACCCUGGUCGACAACAACACCUGGAACAAUACCCACAUUGCCACCGUUGGUAAGGCUAUGAGCUCCCGUGAGGAGGUCAGCUACCCGAUCCUGCGUCAACAUGAUGUUGACUACGUGCUGGUCGUGUUCGGUGGUUUGCUGGGAUACUCCGGCGAUGACUUGAACAAGUUCUUGUGGAUGGUCCGUAUCGCCGAAGGUAUCUGGCCCGAUGAGAUCAAGGAGCGUGAUUUCUUCACUGCUCGUGGCGAGUACCGUGUGGAUGACGAGGCUACCCCCACCAUGAAGAACAGCUUGAUGUACAAAAUGUCUUACUACAACUACCAGUCUCUGUUCCCUCCUGGUCAAGCCGUUGACCGUGUCCGUGGUGUGAAGGUGCCCACUGAAAGCCCUCAACUCGACACCAUGGAGGAGGCUUUCACCAGUGAGAACUGGAUCAUCCGAAUCUACAAGGUUAAGGACCUGGACAACCUUGGUCGUGACCACAGCAACGCCGUUGCCUUCGAUAAGGGUUUGAAGCGUAAGCGCGCUGCUAAAAGAAAGGGCCCUCGCGUUCUGAGAACGGAGUAG